AUGGGUGGUGGCAUAGCCUACGAAGAUCCGACGGUGCCGACUAAAUUCAUGGAGUAUGAGAUGAUCGACUUCGGCGGGCUGGAUGAUGACACUCGCCAGUUUAUGCUCGAUGGGCAAGGCAGCCCAGAGAUCAUCUAUCAGUGGAUUCAGAUUGCGAUAUGUCGGGCCAACAACAUGGGCACUUUCGGCGUGCCACCGCCAGUGCUUACACGAGCAUAUCAAGAUCUUGGUCUCUCCAUGAUCAGGUUCCACCAGGCACAGAAGAUUGUGGAAGUCCCCUUCCCCUUGCCGUAUGUGGUUGCCUUGCAGCUGCUGCUGAUCACACACUGGGUGAUGACGCCAAUCGUGUGCAGCGGAUGGACUGAUUACACUGCUUGGGCUGUCAUGUUCGCCCUCACGAACACGUUAUCGCUGUGGUUCUUCGUUGGAGUCGCAAUGGAGAUGGACUCACCAUUCAAACAAGCCAUGUUUGGUAUUGACUCGAAGGCUUUGCAGCGCCACCUGAACCAUCGACUUAUGGCACAGCUGCACACAUUCGAGGGGCCACAGCCGUCUUUGAAGAAGACUUUUACCAAAGACCCUCAGCCUGUUGUGAUGACACCACAGGAAACCGGGCUCGAAGUCGGUCGAGUUCGGUCCAACUCCCGUCCUCCUAUUGGUAACUAUCGGCGGACCGGCUCCCUGCAUGGAAACGCGCUGACGAAUUUCUGCAUGGAUGGACCCUUGGAGUAUGACGACCAGUCGGACGAUGCAGCAAGCCCCCAAGAUGUGAAGCUCUGCUUGCCAGAUGAGAAAAUCAGGCGAAGCGGCCCAAUUGCCAUCAGCGUGCUGCAUUCGCAGCUCUACUCGCCGCUUCUCGCUGGUGCCGCCAUGGUCGCUGCGGUUCAGACCGAAGGCUGCGCAGCCUACGACGCGCCACAGCGGAGCAGGAGCCCGAAAAGUCGUUGGAAGAGAAGUUCAGCGACUUCACCACGGUGCUUCCCUGGUUCGGUUUUGCAGCCGAUAUCCAGCAUCUCCAUUCGAAAAGGCGAGAGCAAGUUCGAGAGGCAUCCGCUGCACCUCAAAUCGCUGCUGAUGCCGCAGUUCUCAGUAAAGCGCUGCAAGGCGCCAUCGACGGGGGCAAAUGCUCAGAAGAGAUACCGGAGGCCAUUUGGCAAGACUGUUGAGAGAGACUUUCGAUCCUUGGAUCAGCCUGAAAUGACACAGGUCGUUGAUAGUGUCCGCUUGGACAUCGAAGCCUCUGACAUUGUGCAUCUCAUAGCGCAGGCCAUGGCAGUUCUGAAGGGUGUGGAGUGGCGCUUUCACUCCGUUGCAGAAGUGGGGGAUCCCGCCCCAGUGUUUGUACUGCCAGGGGAGGGAGAGGAGGAGCCCGUAGUCGCCGCCCAUAGUGGCUUGCCUUUGGCUCUCUUCGGUGCCUACCUGUGGACAUCAUGCGCUGGAGAUUUAGUUUCGGCGGAACCCACGGCAGAGGGCUCCAGCCAGGUUCUCAUCCAGUUCACCCGAUACUGGAUCGACAUCGGACCGAAACCGCGGCCAGAUAUUGGCCGCAUCGAUGGUGGUUUCAUCACCAGCCGCCUUGCAGCCUUCGGGGCAGCUUUAGUCACUCCCGUGCUCUUGGAGUUUGGUGCGCUGAAGUGGGUCCUCGAGCGUUUCGGCCUGGAGCGAGUCUUCGAAGUCGAAGUCCCGAGCCCGGAGGGCGGUGACCAGAAGGUCAAGCUACAGGCCUCCCUCGAGCUCUACUUGACCCUGCUGGCCAGGGUGGCGUUUCCUGACAGCCUCUCCAAGUGCCCCAUACCCUUCUUGGACACUGAAGCGGGCCUCUGCGUCUACGAGGCUGAGCCCCGCGGAGCCCAGUUGCAUCCUGGUAUUAGUCUCGUAGGUGAAGCGACAAAAUUUCAAGCGCAGCUAUCGACAGCAUGGACUUCGAGUGUAGCUAUAAGUGACAAGUACAGACAGCAGAAUCUCAUGAAAGCACCCUGGCAGAUCCCCAUGCUGGGGCCCAUUGGCGAUCUGCCCGAUUGGUUGCACCCCGGGGGCAACUCGGCGGCGCUGGUCGCGCGCCGCCUGAAGCCUGGCGAAGAGCCGGCAUUGAUGCGGCGCUGCGACACGAUGGGAAUCGUUCCAACAGAGACGAAGCAGGGAUAUUUGAGUUUGGCGCUCGGCCAACUUCGGGUGCAUGGCGCUGCUGUAGACAUGCAUGAUGCUGCAGCCCUUCUGAACUUCAGAGGACCCAGGACUCCCGAGCAAGGUGAGAAGCUCCUGCAAGUGCUGGAGGAUGUCGAGCGCUUUGUCUUUGCCAACGUGAUCAGGCCAGAACCUGCUUCCCGCACGGAGUUCUGGCACGACUUUGUUGAAGGACGCGAAGUGGCGCUGGAGCGCGCUAUUGUUGCACUGCGCCAGCGGUUCAAGGCUCUGCACAACGAGGUGUCGCAAGUCAUCACCUCCGUUCCAGACAACUCUCCUCGACAGCACCGCUCGCGAACACCACCGCGCUGA